CGGAGUACCCGGGGGGAACCCACGCAGUCACGGGGAGAACAUGCAAAGUGUGAUAUUUAAAGAUGAAGCUCCCUCCCCCUAGCAUCAUCAUCGUCACAACACGGAAGCAGACGGCACACUGGAGGGGGGCAGGAGGCAGACACGGGGGGUACCGGGAUCGCUUAAAGCCAAGAAAAGAGGAAAUCAUCCACCUCGUCCUCGCUUUAAAAUAAUCCGACGCAGUGCAGCAAAGAAAAAUUGGGAUUUAAGGGAAAAGGCGGGCUAAAAGGGAGCAUCAUGGCGCUCAUUCCCUCACAGGUUCUUCGUAUGACCAUACUGCUGUCCUACUUCUCCAUCCUGUGCCACUACAAGGCUCUGGACAUGCCGGCUCACCAAACCUACGGAGGCAGCUGGAAGUUCCUCACCUUCAUAGACCUGGUGAUCCAGGCGAUGUUUUUCGCUGUGUGUGUGCUGAUCGAUGUCUCCAGUCUACUGACAAAAGGAGGAGAAAAUAGGGAGCAGGAAAGGCAGCUGAGGAAGCUGAUUAGCCUCAGGGAUUGGUUGAUGGCCGUGCUGGCGUUCCCUGUUGGAGCGUUUGUAGUGUUCACUUUCUGGAGUCUCUACCUGUAUGACCGAGAGCUGGUCUACCCCAAACUCCUCGACAACUUCAUUCCUCAAUGGCUCAACCAUGGCAUGGAGGUGAUGGAACAGGCAACUGGUUGCCUCGACGCUCUCGCCAAGGACAGAAACAACCAGAACACCACCAACCACACUACAGUUCUGCCCUUUAUCAUCAUCGAGAUGCGGACCACACACCAUCGCUACCCGGAUAGAUCAUGUGGCCUGGCGGCCGUGUGCUCCUUCGGCGUGGGGUACAUCCUCUGGACUUGCUGGGUCCACCAUGUGACAGGCGUUUGGGUGUACCCCAUCCUCGAGCGUAUCACGCCGCUGGCCCGCGUCCUCUUUUUCAGUGCACUCACUGCGGUUCUUUGCGUUUUCUACGUCCUUGGAGAGAUCCUCAACAGCUACGUCUGGUACAAGCCGCACACAGGAAAGGUCAAAGGUGAGUGAACCUUCUUGGGCAUCGCAUUAGGCCUUGCCAGCACACAUGAGGAUGGGGGGUCACGCCUUGCCCACCUGGACAGCACAAAGAAAACCUCAGUGGAUCUGCAAGAUAUUGCUACCUUUUACCUUCAUCCAUUAACACGAGGGAGAUGUAAACAAACAAAAUGGCUGCUGAUGUUGGCUUUUUUAUAAACACCCAUUAGACGGUACAUGUGUCUCAAAUGAAAGACUUCUGUCAGUACUCUUCAAUUAGUAUACUGUGCAACCUAUUAAGUUUCUGAGUGUGUGAAUGCUGUCAUUGAAGUAAUGUCCCAAAUCUUCUACUGUCUUUAUGCACUUAACAGAAAUAACCAUUACAAACUUUUCUAACUUUAUAGAUUGAAUACUCUGUGCUGUGUCUCAAUUGGUGCACUUUGAUACUUAAACUUAGUCCUUCAAGUGCGUAAGUGUCCACACUUAGAAGUACGGUAAAAAG